AGUGCUCGGAGCCGCGAUGGCGAACCAACUACAAUACCGUUGAUUAAAAGAAAAAGAGAGCCUUUGCAGGACCACUCGCUUCCAAGAUGGACGCAGCAACGACCAUUUGGACGACGCUGGCUUUGGCUCUGGUUACCUUGAUCGUUCAAAAUACUGCCUGGCCUCAGGAUCCUGCUCCACGACUACACAUCAAAUACCGAGAUGUAAUCGGUCAGCGUUUUCUUGGAAACGAGAGUCACGUGGAACACUUCAAACUCCUGGAGCGAGCAGCCACUUUCAUCCUGAUCGGCGCCAGGAACAUUAUCUACAACAUAAGUCUACACGACCUGACAGAAAUUGUUGAUCAAAGGCUCGAGUGGUCCAGCAUCCAACCCCAUCUGCAAUUGUGUAGCGUCAAAGGAAGAAGCGAUGACGAGUGCCAAAAUUACAUAAGGAUCUUUGGCAGACAAGGACCUGAUCGCUUUUUAACGUGUGGAACAAACGCCUACAAGCCACUGUGCAAGCAGUUUUCCAUUAAGAAUGGCGUUUACGUAAGUGAAAAGGACAUGGAUGGUCUUGGCUUGUGUCCCUAUAACCCUCAGCAUAACAGCACUGCCGUUUUUGUCGGUGGUCAACUGUAUGCAGCAACCGUUGCCGAUUACUUCGGUGGUGAACCGCUAAUUCACAGGGAGAGAAUUCGGACCGAACGCUCCGAUUUGAACCAACUGAAUGGACCAAACUUCGUCAGUUCUUUCGCCUAUGGUGACUACGUGUUCUUCUUUUAUCGUGAGACUGCUGUGGAAUACAUGAACUGCGGCAAGGCCAUAUAUUCACGUGUCGGUCGAGUAUGCCAACACGAUAAAGGUGGUCCACACACUUUUAGUGACAGAUGGACGAGUUUCCUGAAAGCGAGGCUCAAUUGCUCCAUACCAGGAGAUUAUCCUUUCUACUUCAAUGAAAUACAAUCAACGAGCGAAGUGAUUAAAGGUAUUUAUGCCGGAGAGCAAGCACAAUUAGUUUAUGGAGUUUUCACUACACCUGUAAAUUCAAUUGGAGGUUCGGCUAUUUGUGCAUUUCCUAUGAGUAGCAUACUUGAGGUCUUCCAAGGAGCAUUCAAGGAGCAGGAAACUAUUAACAGCAAUUGGUUAAGGGUUCUUCCUGAAAAAGUCCCCGAGCCAAGACCAGGAGCUUGUGUCAAUGAUUCGAGAACACUUCCCGAUGUCACUGUCAAUUUUGUUAAAGCUCAUCCUCUCAUGGAUGAUGCUGUUCAAUCUUUUUUCGCAUUGCCUGUAAUAUCGAAAGUCACCUACAAUUAUAGGUUUACUAAAGUCACUGUUGAUCCACAAGUAAAAGCCCUCGAUGGAAAGACAUACGAUGUACUUUACAUUGGAACUGAUGACGGCAGGGUGUUGAAAGCGCUUAACACAAGAGCUCCUUACUCUCGAAGUAAUGCGGGACAAAAUAUUAUUAGUGACGUUCAGGUGCUCAAACACGGUGAAGCUGUAAAGGAUCUGCAGGUUGUUCACCUCGCAGGAGAGGCCAGUAAAUUAGUUGUGAUCGCAGAUUCAGAAAUUCGAGCCGUUCCUUUACAUCAUUGUGAUUCUCCGUCUGCCAAUACUUGUUCGGCUUGUGUUGCAUUGCAAGAUCCACAUUGCGCUUGGGAUGCAACCACAAAUCUUUGUGUGGCUGUGCCAACGAAACUUCACGACAACGAUGCGGAAAAAACUCUAUUCCAAGAUAUUGUCUAUGGAAAACACAAAGGAUGUGGAUAUGAACCAGCGAAUAUUGCUUCAGAAAUGGCGAAGUCUAUACCACCUGUGAUUCCACCUCGUAUCGGGCGUGGAGAGCUACCCGAUGAACGUGACAAUGAAAUUGUCAUCGAACUGGAUCGAGAAAAUCAAUAUAGUCGCACUCAACCUAGAGCUAAUGAACCUCAAGGAGUGGCAGUAACACCAGUUGUGUAUUCAGCACAAACUCUAACGGGCGCAUUGGUGGGAACAUGUUUCUUUUCCCUCAUAGCGGGUUUUGCCUCUGGGUUUUGGUUUUCCCAAAGGUUACGAAAUGCGCCAUAUCCCGAUCCUUCUGAGCAGAGGCAACAGCUGAAUCGACUUACAGAAACCACUGAUUCCCCUGGUUACAACAACAAGUCAAUAAAUCUUGUUCUAAAUGUCCCGCCUAAAAAUCCAAAUGGGAAAAAUGCCAAUUCGUCAGCAGAAAACAAGCCAAUGCAAAAGGUCAAGAAAACGUAUAUAUGA